AUGAAAGAAGUUGUGUCAGUGUUUCCAAAUAGAAAAAAUUAUAUGCUCACGACAAGAUCAUGGGACUUCAUAAAUUUUCCGGAAACAAUUAAAAGAGAAAAAACAGUUGAGAGCAACAUCAUUGUUGGAAUAAUAGAUUCGGGAAUAUGGCCAGAGUCGAAAUCCUUUAGUGCUGCAGGAUUCGGGUCUCCACCAACAAAAUGGAAAGGUUCAUGUAGGGGACUAACUAAUUUCACUUGUAACAACAAAAUCAUUGGAGCAAGGUAUUACAAUAAGAAUGGUCACUUCUCCACAAAGGAUGUUCUAUCUCCAAGAGACACCGAUGGUCAUGGAACUCAUAUGGCCUCAAUAAUUGCAGGCAACAUUGAUAAUUCAGCAAGUUUUUUUGGUCUAGGUAGUGGUACAGCUCGAGGAGGUGUCCCAUCUUCGCGGAUUGCCGUAUAUAAAGUAUGUUGGUCCUUUGGUUGCGAUGACGUCGACGUCAUUGCAGCAUUCGCCGAUGCCGUCAAAGAUGGCGUCGACAUAAUAUCGAUUUCUAUGGGAGAUGAAAAUUCUAGAAACUAUUUUAUGGAUGCUCUAUCUAUUGGGAGUUUAAAAGCAAUGAGACAUGGAAUUUUAACCUUAGUGCCGGCUGGAAAUAGGGGUCCAAAACCUUGGAGUGUAAUGAAUGUUUUUCCUUGGGCAAUAACCGUCGCAGCAAGCACUAUUGAUCGGAAUUAUUUUACCAAUUUGCACAUGGGUAAUGGUGCGGUUGUUACGGGAGUUUCAAUAAACAUGUUUAAUCAAACUCGUGUCUACCCUAUGGUGUAUGGUGCUGAUGUGCCAAAUAAAAGAAUGAAUGCUUCUAGGGAAGCAGCUGGAAUGUGCAGAAAAAACUCACUCGAUACUACAUUGGUAAAGGGAAAAAUUGUCAUUUGUGAGGAAUAUAAUUUAGGAGUCGAAGCUCUUUCUGUUGGUGCAACUGGUAUGGUGAUACGAGGUCCUCGAAGAGAGGACUGUGAAGCGUAUGUCCUCCCCACAACUUAUAUUACCGGGAAUGGGGACAUCCAAGCGAGGAACUAUUUUAUGUCAUCAAGUAAUCCAACUGCAAGCAUAUUCAAGAGUAAUAAGGGUUUUGAUUCUUCAACGCCAUAUAUUGGAUCCUUCUCAUCUAGGGGACCAAAUCCUAUAUCAGAUCACAUACUCAAGCCCGAUUUGUGUGCGCCUGGUGUUCAAAUCUUGGCAGCAUGGACACCAGUGAAUGCUCCUACUAGGGAAGAGGUAGAUAAGAGAAGGUCGUCAUAUAACGUCUUAUUUGGUACUUCAAUCGCAUGUGCACACGUUGCUGCUGCGGCCGCUUAUGUCAAAUCUUUCCAUCCAUCGUGGUCUCCGGCUGCUAUAAGAUCGGCCCUUAUGACCACAACCUUCAAGAUGAGUGAAACAGCAACUCCUGAUGCAGAAUUUGCUUACGGAGCAGGUCUCAUAAACCCUGCAAGUGCCAUUAAUCCCGGCCUUGUGUAUGAUACAAAAAUAGUUGAAUAUGUGCAGUUCAUGUGUGGGCAAGGCUACACAAAUGAGCAAUUGCGUCUUGUUACAGGUGACUACUAUACUUCUUGCACCGAUUACGGGAGUAUAGAUUCUUUAAAUUUGAACAUACCUUCAUUUGCUAUCCGUGUUUAUCCUUCUGCUCGAUUUAAUGUCUACAUGACUAGAAAAGUUACAAAUGUGGGAUCGUUAUCAUUUGUUUACAAAGCUGUGAUUUCGGCUCCACCGUCACUAAAAAUAAGAGUGGUUCCCGAAACACUUACUUUCUCUAGUGUUGGACAAACUUUACCAUUCACUAUGUUUGUUGAGGGAAUAAUUGAUGGAGUGAGCUUGGUUUCCGCAUCUUUGAGCUGGAUAGGUCCCAGAAACAUAGUGAGGAGCCCUAUUGUUGUUUUUUAUAAACAACAACCAUGA